AGAGGGCGGGGUGUCGUUCCCUUUCGCUGAUGCAAGAGCCUAGUGCGGUGGUGGGAGAAGUGUCGGCAGGAGCAACGCUGCCGCUGGGGCCUGGGGCUGACCCGUCCGACUUCCCGUCUGUGCCGAGCCCACUCGAGCUGCCGCCAUGUCCGGGGAUGAGAUGAUUUUUGAUCCUACUAUGAGCAAGAAGAAAAAGAAGAAGAAGAAGCCUUUUAUGUUAGAUGAGGAAGGGGAUGCCCAGACAGAAGAAACCCAGCCCUCAGAAACAAAAGAAGUAGAACCAGAGCCCACUGAGGACAGAGAUGUAGAAGCCGAUGAAGAGGACAGUAGGAAAAAAGAUGCUUCUGAUGAUUUAGAUGACUUGAACUUCUUUAAUCAGAAGAAAAAGAAGAAAAAAACAAAAAAGAUAUUUGAUAUUGAUGAAGCUGAAGAAGGUGUAAAGGAUCUUAAGAUUGAAAGUGAUAUCCAAGAAGCAGCUGAACCAGAGGAUGACCUUGACAUUAUGCUUGGCAAUAAAAAGAAGAAAAAGAAGAAUGUUAAGUUCCCAGAUGAGGAUGAAAUACUAGAGAAAGAUGAAGCUUUAGAAGAUGAAGACAGCAAAAAAGAUGAUGGUAUCUCCUUCAGUAACCAGACAGGCCCUGCUUGGGCAGGCUCAGAAAGAGACUACACAUAUGAGGAGUUAUUGAAUCGAGUAUUCAACAUCAUGAGAGAAAAGAAUCCAGAUAUGGUUGCUGGAGAGAAAAGGAAAUUUGUCAUGAAACCUCCACAGGUUGUCCGAGUAGGAACAAAGAAAACCUCUUUUGUCAACUUUACAGAUAUCUGUAAACUAUUACAUCGUCAGCCCAAACAUCUCCUUGCAUUUUUAUUGGCUGAAUUGGGUACAAGUGGUUCUAUAGAUGGUAAUAAUCAACUUGUAAUCAAAGGAAGAUUCCAACAGAAACAGAUAGAAAAUGUUUUGAGAAGAUAUAUCAAGGAAUACGUUACCUGUCACACAUGCCGAUCACCGGACACAAUCCUGCAAAAGGACACCCGACUCUAUUUCUUACAGUGCGAAACUUGUCAUUCUCGAUGCUCUGUUGCCAGCAUCAAGACCGGCUUUCAGGCUGUCACAGGCAAGCGAGCACAGCUCCGUGCCAAAGCUAACUAAUUGGCUAACCACCACUGAUUUUUCAAAGUGUGUUGUGGAGAUUUGGCUGGACAGGUUUACCAUCAAAGUGGAUAUAUCAUUGUAUUAAAUACAAGAUAGAAAAGCUGCCAAGUUUUUUGGCUUGUGGCUGGUUGGUCUGAAAUCUUUGCAAGAUGCCGAUGCUCAAGCUGUUGACCUACUCAUUGCCUACUUUAACAACUGUCAGAAAAACAUGAUGGGGUAAGGCGGUGCUUUUUUAAAAUCGUUCAUAGACUUAUGUAAAAUGCAAGAUAAAUUAAAGUUAUUAUAACAGUGAUUCUUUCAACUUGGUUUGUCCUUCAGUUUUCUAUAAAAACUGUGCUUAAAAUGAAUAUAGCAAAAACAGUUUAUGCCUGGGCUCCGGUGAGGGCUCUAUAGUCUCAUCCUGUGAAACUGGAGAUUGGUAGGUGCUUCAGCUGGGCAGCCAUUUUUCUUCUCAACUUCUCUGGAGAUAAAGCUUCACACGAGAGAGAGGGUGGCUGGAGCAUGAGAUCUGGGAGGACAGCCUGUUUUCAGUGUCAGGGGACGAUUUCAUAGAUUUGAAUUAUUUUCAUUAUGUGAGGAUUAUUGCUACCGCCUGACUGCCAAAUCCUCCUGCUGUUACCAUAUGAAGGAAUACAAGGUGCAAGGUACCCUCCCCCUCAGAAUUCCCUUUCUUAUUGACCACUAAGAAGAUCUUAGAAACCUAGCCUUUAAGUAUGAUAACUGGCACAUGGAGAAAAAACCCUAGUUGGGAAUCUAUUGGUGAGGAAGCAGCGUGGCAUGUACUGUACAGAGAACUUGAGUCUGACCUAUGACCCUAGGGAAAGCUUUUCUUUUUCCUCCCUAACUUGUGUUCUGGGUUUGAAAAAGGCCCACUACAAAUGUUUUUCUAUUUUGUAUAUUAACAGUAGCUUUUCGGUGUGACCAUGAGAAACCAAGAGGUGAUGCUGCCUGUGUGGUGUUUUUGGUGCCUCCAGUUCUGCCUUAUAAGCAUUUGGCCGAACGGUUAUUUUUCCAUUCAGCACAGGGAGAAAGAUCCCUUCAUGUGUCUGUGAUCUGUCUUGCACACACUUCAGAGGAUAAGGGCAUAUCGCUGUUCCUCACGCUCUUGUUGCCAGACUCCUAAGUGGCCCCAGGAGCAGUCACUCAGCCCUGAAUGUCUUACCCAUGUUUUUAAUCACUGUGACCUUUAAAGUACAGGCCAAGUGUUGUAAAACAUCUUGGCCAUGAAGUGGUGGAGGGAGGAGAGUAUUUCCUCGACUCAAUAGGUCCCAGGGAAACCACACACUGGCUGAGCUGCCACCACUGCCCUGAUGAACUCAACUGUUUAUGAUGCCAUCUUCCUUAUUUUGUAUCUAUGCCCACAUAGUUCCCAAUGUCGGAUGUUACUGCGUGAAUAAAGCAAGGAUGAGUGCCUCUUGUGUAA